AUGAGUUUACACCAGCUCAACUCGCUGAUGCUGGAUGGAUUUGAAAUCCCUAGUAUAGAAUCCUUUAACAGUCUUUGCUCAAGUUGCCCACUUUCAGAAUUGAGAAUCAUACGUUGUGAUACAUGGAAGACUGAUUUGAAUCAUCUCACUAUUGAUUCUCUUUACCUACAAACCCUUGAGCUAAAUUAUGUUGCGGUGCCUGCUGGAUCAAUUAUCAAGUUAAAUGCUCCGAAUAUCACGUCCUUCUUUUGCAAAGAUGAAAUGUCACAAGAGUAUUCUUUAAGGAACCUUUCUUCAUUAGUCACUGCUGAUAUUACUAUGUCUUUAGUAAGAAAUGAAAAAGAGGAAAGUGCAAAUUCAUACUUGCGGUUGUCUGAAGAACAAAGUGGCAUUUAUGGUAAACGUAUGAUGGAGUUUCUUGGAGCGAUUGAUAACGUGAAAGAUCUACAAUUAUCAUCUGGAUUCCUGGAGCUUCUCUCAAAGGCACCUGACCUAUUGGACUGCCAGCUCCCUGAAUUCUCUAAUCUACAAUACUUGAAGCUGAAAGUGUGGUUUACAAGAGGCUGUAUGCAAACAACUUACUUACUCAAGAUAUCCCCAAAUUUAAAAUCCAUACUCCUUGCAUCGAAAGAGUCAGGUUUACCAGACAUUGAGGAGAAUUGGGAAGCGACGUCGUCAUUGCCAUGCGUGCUAUCUAAGUUCAGGUAUGUUGAGAUAACAGAGGUCGAAGGAUGUGAUAACGAGCUCAAGCUUUUGGGUUUUUUAUUGCAAAGUGCCAAUGUUUUGGAGGAAGUAGCUCUGUUUAUUCGCUAUACUGUUGGCUCCCCCGAGCGAGUAAAACAAGUGAAGCGAUUUAGGGACCAGCUAAGAGCACUUCCAAGAGCUUCUUCAAGUGUUAAUAUAAUGUUCUUUUAG